AGCUGCACUCAGUAGAAAGGAGAAAUGAGAUGAGUCUUCCAAACCACUUUGGGGAAACCAAACAAACUGCAUUAUCACUGAUAACCUCACAUUUGUAUUGAACCUUGAUGCAAUGGGCUUGUAGACACAUGAAAUACAUUCAUGUGUCUACAAGCCCAUUGCAUCAAGUUCGGCCCAGAUAAUGUUUCCCACAUAGAUGCUUUGGAUACCCCCUCCUCUGCAAACACUCAAGCAAAUUUUACCUCCAUUUUUACUUUCACAUUGCCGUUUUUCUUCCUCUUCAUAUUUGAGGUCAUUGUGGGUAGAUUUUGAAGUGACACGACCAAAUUCAGUGGUUCCAAUAGCGCCAAAGAAGACUUCAAGGCAGUUGGAUACCAGUGCUGAUCAUCCUGUGACGAAGAAGUUCCACUAGACAGACCAGACGUAGCCUAUUCUUUUUCCCGGACACGACUUCUUUUUGGGACCGAAAAUAUCCAUCAGGCGGGAUUUCUAAAUUCCUAAAAAUGUUCUGUUAAGUUUUGAUCUUUCUAUAGACCGUAUAUAAACAGAUAUUCUAACAUUAUGUUCAUAGCGCCCGCCUGCCAUUGUCCCCUUUUUUGAAAUCCAUAUGGUCACCUUAGUUCCACAACAAAGUAUAAGUACUGCAUCCACCUCCCAGUCCUCUGUCUAUAGCAAUGGGAGGCUUUCUGACAUUAGUGGAACCAGUAGUGGUAAUUAACACUGUAGGCAGCUCGUUUUAUGACACAGCCCUCACUCUCUCUGUCUACAAGCGGGCCCUGGAGCAGGCAGAGGGACACAGCGAUCAGGCCCAGGCACUCGCCUCGCGCUUCCUGCUGCUCAACACCUGUCUGGCCUGUCUGCUGUCCUUCAUAUCGACCGUGCUCCUGGGCUGGCUGGCUGACCGCCACGGCCCCCGCCUACUGCUAGUGCUUCCCCAGAUCGGCUCUGUUGUGAGAAAGAGUUUUCUGCUAGCCUUCGUUCUGUUCCAGCUGCCGCUGGCAGUACUGUAUGUCGGGGCGGCCGUCCACGGCCUUUGCGGCGGGUGGACAGCCUACUGGGGCGGCGUGGUUUCACUAGCUGCCCUCAGCUCAGGUCAUGAGCGGCGUAGCCUGAAGCUCAACGCCGUGGACUUCUGCAGCGGAGUGGCCGGGGUGGUCGGGGGCUUGCUCUCAGGGUACAUAUACCAGCUGGGAGAGUCUGGGGUGCCACUCAUCAUGUCAAGUGUGCUGCUCUGCGUGGGGGGUCUCCUCUACUCUGCCUUCCUGCUGUCAUACCCCAGGCCCCCCAGCAGGGAGGAGGUCAGCCAGUCAGCGCCGUCCCAGGAGCCAGUGUGGACGGACUGGAGGAGCGUGGCCCUGCUCUUCACCGCCAUCGCUUUGUUUGAUGUGGGCAUGAGUGGGGCGGAGGACGUGCUGUCCCUCUACGUGCUGAAGCCGCCCCUCAGCUGGGAUUCAGUUUGGGUGGGCUACGGCAGCGCCGCCACAAGUGCCAUGUACCUGAGCAGCUUCCUGGGUGUGCUGGUCCUGUCCCGUCCCCUAGGGGACACAGCCCUUAUCCUGCUAGGUAUUGUGUCCAACUGCACUGGCAUGGCCAUCAUGGCCUUUGCUACCCAGAACUGGGUCUACUUCUUUGCUCGUGGAAUCAUGAUGUUCGCUUGUAUUCCAAUGCCCACAAUAAGAGCACAAUUAUCCAAAAUUCUGGAUGCUCAGUUGUAUGGGCGUGUGUUUGGCUGGCUGCAGUCCAUCUUGGCUGUGACUACGGUCUUGUCUGAGGUGCUCUUCACUUCCAUUUACCCCCUUACCCUGGGCUGGUUUAGUGGCUUUAGCUUCUUGACAUCAUGUGCUAUCAGCUACCUCAGUGUCCUCCCUAUUCUUUAUCUGAAUUGGAGAGGAACAAGACAAGGAUACACCCCCAUUCCUGGCAAUGACCAAGCCUAACAUGUUGUCAACAUAGGAGAUUCCAAGCUAUACUGUAUCAAUCACCUAAGCUCUGCAUGAAAAACACUUAGGUGACCUAACUAGAUGACCUCCUUUGAAGACUGGUCAUUUUCUAUAUCUUCAUUUCAUUUAAUCCUAGAGUGUAACCCUCUUAAUAUUACCUUUACUAUGCAGGGUAAAUAGGGGACAAAAAGCAAGUUGUCAUUAUAUAUCAUGUUUAUAUGUCAGUAUUAUUCAUUGCACUAUAUGCUAAGUAUGGAUAGUUUGAAAAUGGGUCAAAAUUGUAACAAUAUGUAUAUAUAGAUGUGGUAUGUGAAAUGUGUUCCUGUGAGUAGUUAAAAGAUACAGUUGUUGCAGAAUUUGAUGGGGAAAGAGAUAUUAUUGUUUAAUAUUUGUGUACUUUCAUGUUUCUUCUUGGAUCUGCAUAUCCAAGUAUGCUAUAUCAGCUGACCAGAAACCUUAUAUAGUGCAAUUUUAACAGAACAUGUUAACCACUACACAUGAAUCUCAAAUUUAGGGACUUAUCUCAGUCUUGCAAGCUAGAAACUAAGAACUGUAUAUAUAGACCUACAGGGCAUUGGGUACAGAACUAACGAACAAUACUUAAUUAACCUAUUUUGGUAUUAUUAUUUAUAAUUUAACCGUUUUGAUAUGUCUUAAAAUGUAAAAGGCCAAAGGAUGAACAAAAGUAAAGUAGGUGGCCAAUUAUUUUUUUCUAUUUAUGUGUGUCACUGGUUAGACAUUGGUAGACAGACUUUCUUGGCAAGUAAGAAAUCAAAAACAUAAUAUAAAUAAAUAUUAAUUUAAUUUCAGCUGUUUCAUUUGUUUUUUGUUUUUUUCAUUUCAAUGCUCCAGACUCAACUGCUCUGGUGGAAAGCAACUUGCUUAGCAACAGCACAUUAUGCUUGCUGCUAGUUUACACAGUUGACCAGACCUGAGAUGUUCUGACAAGCCUUGGAAUCGAAAGUGAACAUAAGAUGCACAAUAAUCAUGUGCCAGAAGGGCUUUGUAGCGGAAUCCGGAAUUGAACUGUCUUUUAUUGGCUCUUAAUACCUCUUCCAAAGUAAAGUAGUCAAGAAUAAGGAAAGUACAAUUGAAAGUAGAGGUAAUUAAAACAACACACAAACACAGAGAAAGCUUAAAGGGAAUCACUGCCAGGGUGUAGGUGUGAUUCUGAGAAGUUAGGUUCUGCCAGAGACUUCACUGUCUAGUUCCCAUUCAACUUGGUGAAGGUGGGGGUGAUUGGUGGUGUGUCAUUCACAUGGCACUCUUCAGGUUUUAUUUAUGAGCUUUAGUCCAUCUUGCGGCUCUGUGACUGCAGAGUAAUUUAAGGCACCAAAGCUAUUAUCUCCUGAUAUACCGUUUGUCUUCCCCUACUGUCUGUUUCUCACUCCAAUAGAUCUAUUCUCCAUAUGCUUUGGCUCUUUCUGAUGGGUACUAUUGAGUAAGGCUUUCAGGCACCACUAAUUUGAUAGUACCAAUUAAAGAACUGUACCUCCAUAUUUUCUGAUUCACUUUUAGAUUUGGCAAUAUUGUUAUUUAAAUGUGUCAUGGUUCUGUGUUCCGGUCUGUCUUUCCUUGUUGGGCCGCCAGAGGGCGGUACUUCUGUUUUGUGUCCUGCUCCCCCUGUUUGAUUGUAUUAUUGUUUUCAAUUGUUCAAUUAUUGUUUUGUGGUUGUCUCGUUUUCCCUUCGCUCUCUGUGGCCUGAUUGUGCAUUGUGCCCUGCUGUGUCUCGUCAGUGUCUUGUCUAUUUAAGUUCCCUUCUCCCGGACUCAGGUGCUGGAUCCUUGGUUGUGUGUGUGUGUGUGUGUGUGUGUGUGUGUGUGUGCGUGCGUGUGCGUGUGCGUGUGCGCGUGCGCGUGCGCGUGCGCGUGCGCGUGUGCGAGCGCCUCUGAUCAUGUUUCUGCCCCGUGUGUUCCUGCCCAUGUUCUGUUUUCCACGUGCUUUUGGAUUUUGGAUUUGCGUUGCCCUGCGAGGCUUUUUGUUCCCUGCUUUAGUUCCUGUUUUGUAAAGUAAAGUCUUGGGUUCUAUUCACCGUU